AUGAAUGGCGACAUUUGCAGAAUGGACAACUUAGAGUACAUCAAAAACUUCUUCAGUGACGCGAAAAAAGUGCAUCUCUACACCUCAGACGCGGGAAUCGGCCUAGACAUCGACGAAUUCGCAGAACAGGAAAAAGUCGAGUUCAAACUCAAACUCGCAGAAGUAGUGUGUGCACUACUCACUUUGAAGACAGGAGGCAAUAUGAUGAUCAAGAUGUACACUUUUUUUGAAAAGCUGACCAUAGACGUCUUGAUUUUGUUGGGUUUCUUCUUCCGGGAAUUGAAGAUCGUAAAGCCGUUGAGCAGCAAACCAACCAAUUCGGAGGUUUACCUGGUCGGGAAAGGGUUUGAAGAAGAUGAUCAAGGGGAUCAACAAGAGGCUCUUAAUGUUAAGGCUACCGCUAACGCAUCCCCCUGCAUCAUGAUCCUCGGCUUCUUUUUCAACGGAAAAAAGGCUCGGGGAUGGGCUCAAGGAUGCGACGUGGUAGCUCUAAUAAUGGUAAUGCUGAGAAAAACUGUGGUGGAUCCACGACAUCUGAAUCUGAAAGGAGCACUAUGAUCGUCCGACAACGCAUCCUCAACCUCUUUCUCGAAAAAAUCGAGCAUUUCGAAGAUACCAGCUGCAAGGACCCGAACGGUUUCGAUCUUGGCUUUUUGCCACCUGCAGCCAUACAGAAAGCGGAUAUCGCCACCUUCACUGGUGCUUCUUCGCAGAUUUAUUUGAAACAAGCUGUUUGGGUCAAUCGUAACCUCUUUUUCAUGCAUCAACACUGGAUAGAGAAGAAAGGACAAUUCACUAUCAAAUCCGUGAAUGACGCGAACAAGGUAGCGCGGCGCAUUCAGAAUGGCAUGAAACCUCUAGUCCAACGCUAUUUGGAGACAUUCAUUGACCAGUAUGAUUUCUACAGGGCGUUAGAAGAUGAUGAAAAUGAAGUACUCUUUUGAAGAACUCCAGCAAGAUAAACGCACGCUUAAUAAUAGUGAUCUUACCCCAGAAGAAGAACUCCUGUCGCCCCUGACCAUAGUUAGUUUGUAUUCGUAUAAAUCUCUGCCAUUCACGAAAAGCGCAU